ACAUUUAUUCUUGUUCUAAAAAAAUGUUAGAAGAACAUGGAUUUUCUGAUACAAAUUUGGAUUAUAUAGGGCUUAAUAUUCUUGAUGAACAAGUUAAAAUAGAUUUUACUGAAUCAACAUUAGCUACACACCUUGAUUCUAUUAUUUAUGCAUGUGAUAUUGGUUUAAUUUCGUGA